CAGGCGGGGUGAAGGCCGCUGCUGCCGCUGCGUGGAGCGCGGUGAGGCGGAUGAGUAAACUGGGAAACCAGAAACUAUACUAUCAGGAACUUUAACUUCUGUAUUCACAGCUGAUAAAAGGUGGAUAUAAUUUUGUUUUAAAAAAUCAGUGGGUAUAGUGGGAUUCUGAUUUGUCAAAUGUUAUUGUGCUGACAAAGCAACAGGGAAAGAAUGCCAAGUUCCAAAAGUAACUUGAUGUUGUCAAGUGACAUUUCAAAUUUCAAGGAAAUGGCAAUUUCAAAUGAGAGAGAGCCUGUUGAAAAGAGUGCAAGUCUUAUUGAGAACAAUGGCUAUCAAGACUCUGUAUACAUAAAUGCAGCUAAAAUUUUCCAAGGCAUUCGUAAUGAAAAGCCUCAGGAUAAAAUAUUGGUAAGGUAUGGUAAUGAACUAGUGCCAUCCCUACCGGAUUUUAAAGAUGAAUGUUCCCAGCGCUCAUCCUAUGAACUGGCGUUUAGUGCUGUGAAAUAUCAAGAUCUACUUGAAAAUAUAUUGUUAGAUAGCUGCUUUUACCCAUGUCAGUCAAUACCAGAUGAAUUGACCAGUUUAAUUGUUGUAAUGUUGUAUGACCUCCAAGAUCGAAAGUUUCAAGCCCGACAGAUUUCUGAUGAAGAGGAAUCAAUACCAGAAGUCAGAGAUGUAGAACAUUAUCUCUACAGUUUUAAGACCAAAUUGGCUGCCGCUCUAGCAAGAUGUCGAAUCAAACAUGAUGCUCUUUCAAUUGAAUAUAUUCUACCAGAAACGCUACGGAAACAGGAACAAAGGGCUUCUGCUUUACCUUUGUAUGCUUGGAUAAAUACAUUAAAAAGCAGCCUUGAAGACAUUUACAAAGAAUUGAAAAAAGAGGGAUUCACAAAAGUUGAAUCUGUGUCAGAUUUUGAAGGUUAUACUUAUUGUCUGGACAAGCACUGCCAUGAUGUACUGGUUUUUCCUGCUUCUCUCAAAGAAGAAAUACUUAAUUUGGAACUUUUCACAGGUUACAAACUCAUCUUACAGGAUAAGUCUCGAAGCCUUGCUGUACAUUCUGUGAAGGCCUUAUUGAACAUGGAUGAUGACAUCAUAGUAGCUCAUAUGGGUUCACGGUUGACUGCUGCCCACAUGUCAGUGUUGUCAAAUCAGAGCACAUCCAAAGUUUUUGUAUGUGGCGUAAAAUCGCAGGCAAAGGAAGUUGAACUGAAGGAACUGUUCACACGCAUGGCAUGUGGAAAUAUUGAGCUACUACAUGAGGAUUUUACUGAGAUUGAACCAACAGAUCAAAGACUGCAAAAGGCUAAAGUUAUUCUGCUGCUACCUCGAUGCUCAGGAUUGGGUGUUAGUAAUCCAAUAGAAUUUAUUCUAAAUGAACAUGAAGAUGCAGGAUUGCUGAGAGACCUUUCUCAAGGAUCUGUAGCUGAAAAUAAACUCCAUAUUCUUGCUGAGAGGCAACGUCAGGAGUUAAUGCAUGCAAUGCGAUUUAAUAAAGCACAAGCCAUUGUCUACUGCACUUGUUCAGUUUAUCCAGAAGAAAAUGAAGCAGUAGUGAACAAAGCACUGGAAUCUGGAGUGGAAGGAAGUAAAGUACAGCCUUAUAGGCUUAGUCCUCCUCUGUGGUGCAACUCAGAAAUAGAGGGCCCUUCUGAUAUUUUUUUCAAAAUGGAACCCUCAGAGAUUUCCAAUUGCUGUUUUUUAGCUGUUCUAGCAAGACAGAGGGAUCCAGCUGAAGUAAUGUCUGUAAAAGACAUUUUGGCUCGUGCUGCAGCAAAGGGACUUCUAGAAGGUCUUGAUAUAGGGAAAUCAUCAAAGAGAGAAGAGAAGAGGAAGAAAAAAUCAAAAGUAACACAGCAAAGAAAUGUUCCUAAAGAUACUGGGGUACAAACAAACAUUGUGGAGUUCCUGAACCGAGAAAUGAUAUCUAUUAAUACUAAUUCUGAAGUUUCACCAAUUAAAGCAAUUAGUGGUGUUCCACAAAAAAAUAUGAACCAAACAAACAGUUCUAUUCAAUUGAAGAAAAUUACCAAACCCAUCUCAAACUCAUCCCUGCCAGGAAUGCUGAAGAACGCACCCAAUCUGUCAUCUAUGAGUAAGGUGUUUGAGAGACGGACACACAUUAGAAAGCCACGGGCAGAAGAUAAAAUGGUUGUAUUGAAACCUGUGGAGAUAGUUCUGCCUCCAGUGAUGGUGCCAUACUUCAAUCCACAAGGGAACAAAUCUCAAAUUUCGGCUCAACAUUACUACUAUCGCUGGACUGGAAUAAAGAGCUCAGCACGUGACUUAUUUAUACCUUCUUUAUCCAAAAGAUUCGUCAAACCAAAAGAAACUUUACCUUCAACUAUGGUUAAGCAUCCUCGACCAUGGAUUUGAAAAUGGAUUUUUGUAACUGGUUCAUAGUUAUCUCUUCAAAGUUUUUGAAAUUAUAUUUCUAUAAUGUCAGGGUAUAUCUGUGCAGGCCACUACUUACUUUUAGGGAACAUUUAUAAUUAAUACACUUUUCAUGGCUAUUAUGGAAAUAGCAGGGGGACAUUUUGCAAAAGAGACUAUUAUGUAGUUGUUUCAGUCCAGCUAUUCAAUUCAGAAUGUCAAAAUGCACAUAAAGUAGUAAUUACAACAGCUUAUUCAAAUCCCUAGGGGGUAAGCUCAAAAGUUUUAUAGCUAAUUGCUAAUCAGUAGAAUGUGACGUAGAAAGAAGGCAUGUUUCAACAACCUUCUGUACAUAUUUGGGCAUACUUACUUUUAAAAGUAAUCUUUGCACGUUUUGUUCAGUGGUCUAAAAGUUCACAUAGCAACAAUGAAAUUAAAUGGCUGGCUGAGCUUACAAUUUUCAGCUACCAUCUUGUUGAAAAGUAUCAUAAUUAUGACUAUGGCAUAUGGAAGCGGAUCAUCAAAAUUGUAAGCCAGCCCAUUUU